GAUGGGAUGUAGGGCUCCACAGACGAAUGACAUUUUAAUAUUAACACAACAGUUGUUUAACCGUCUAAUAACGUCUGUAUUUAACGAUUUUUUAAUUUAAUACCGAGCUAAACGACCGAGCAAUGCACUCACAGCCUUAAUUUUCUCAUCUGUGGUAUUGUCGUAGAGCUGAUAAUGCUAAAAAUGCAGCUACCCAUGAAAAAGGCGGAGGAGGGAGGCGAUACGGCCGAGGACGAGAAGGAACACCCCGAGCUUCUUUCCGAAUCGGCCUUUACAGCGGCCGCUGACAGACUUCAGGAAACUACUGAGAAACCGGGAUUUCCCCUUUUGACUAAAGAAGCUGUUUAUGAAUGGUUUGGCUUGCACCUGAAGCCUGCUAAGCGUGUCGAGUUUAUGUACGGAUUGCUUCAUAUGUGCCAGCCUUUAGAACUUCGUUUCUUGGGCUCCUGUCUGGAGGACCUUGCUAGGAAAGAUUUCCACGUUCUUCGAGACUUUGAAAUUAGAGCGAAUUCUCCAAACGAUCUUGGUCUUUUGACAGAUACAAUUGACCCAGUGACGAGAUCUAAACUACUGGUCUGUCUCUCUCUCCUGGGAUCUGAUAACAGGGAAUGUGCUGGGGUACUAUUUCGGAUACUGAGCCAUGUGGAUCCCGCCCUUCUAGUGUCUUCCUACCCAGACUCUCCGUUUGAUCCGUUUCGUGCACUGUCUGGGGAUUCAGACGGAGAUGGCACACAGAGCCGUGGUUUCGGACCAUUUAUUGAAUCACGGUCUGGAUUCUUGGAGCAGCUAGCGGUCCUUUUCACCAUGGCAUCACUUCACCCUGCCUUUCUUUUUCACCAAAGAGGAAAACUGCGAAUACAACUUGAAAAACUCGAGCAUGCUCUUCUUGAGGAGCAGACCAGACAAAAUUACAACCAAUAUAACACCCAUACCCAGAGCAGGCCACAAAAGCAAGAGUGCCUCUUUGCAAGCACAGAGGUCUGUGUGAACGAGAAGAUACAAUCUCAUGACCUGACAUCUCUUCAUCACAGUAGAAAAGCAGAGAGAGACGCAGUCCACAUAGAAAAGAUUGUGUUGAAAGGCAUCUCAUGGGGCAAGACAGAUCGGGAAUACAAUUUUGAGGUGAAGUGGUCUGAUUUAUCGACAAGUUCAGUCACAAAAACGCAUCUUGAACUGGAGAACUUCCUGCUGAAGCUUCCAAAAGAGCACUCCACAGACACUUUUGAGAGGGGUAUAUUACGAUUACUUAACCAGGGGCAGAAGCGUGAGGGCAGCGAGGUGGAGCAAUCACUAAAAGAGAAGUUUCUGGCUGCGCCACAUGCUUUCCGUCACACAGGGAAAGUUUGUGUUUUCUUCCAUUGUGGUUCCUCGUCAUCUCACAGUCUCUCCUGCAGCCUAUGUAACCAGGUCUCUUCAGGGAAGCCCUAUAAAGAGGACUGCUCUGAGGCAUCAAGUCAAGAGGAAGAUACGGAACCAUAUGUUCAGGGGCAUCGUAAGAAACCUGGCAACAAAAGUCCCAAUCUUAACAUGUGGGGUGCAGAGGGCAAAAGGAUGGAUCGUGGCUCAGAUAACAAAGGUCUAGCAGAGUGGAAGAAAAAGAGCUGUGCUCUGAAACCAACUUUCAGCCAGAACAUGAAGCCAGUAGAUGCAGAAGGAGAGAGUCCAAGCACCAAGCCAAACGCCAGAGCUGCCCCUGAUGGCAGUGAGAGAGGAGAGAGAAAGGUUGGAGGAGUCCAUUACAUCAGCAAUGGGACAAAGUCACAGUUAUCACCACUGGCUCAUAACUACAAGGGAAAAGACAAUGGCCGACGUCAGAACACAUAUGGAGAGACGUCAUCUGAGAGCUACAGUUCACCAUCCAGCCCUCAGCAUGAUGGCAGAGAGAGCUUUGAGAGUGAAGACGAGAAAGGCAAAGACACAGACAGCCAUUCAGAUGACUCAAGAAAGUCUGUUGCAGAUCCUGCCCUUGUCUGUCCAGUAACAGGGGAACCUACUGACGCCCUUCACCCACUCAUUCCACUUGAACAAGGAGGACAGGAAAUCCAUCCUGAGGGCACUCUGCAUGGCACUGCUGUGGAGUUCCACCAGCUCCAUUUUGCUCACCAUGUACCAUUCCCAAUCCCCAAUGGACCCGCCAUUUUAGCAACUGGAACCUCUCCGCAGCAGCCAGAUACCAAAGUAGGCACCGAGCUAAUGAUGCCACAUCCUGGGGUCGUCCCCACCCCAUCAGUAACUUUAGAUGACCCAGAGAAAUGCUCAUCAGAGGCCCCUUCUGCCAUCCAGUCUUUCAACACCUCAGUUCUUGGCCUCCAGUCUCCUGGCAGUUCAGUUUUGCAGCCUAUUCUGCAGCGGUUUAAGACAGCUGGGGCACAGUCUGGUACAGAGAGUGGGGUGUUGGUCCCUCCACCACACCAAUCUCCCAUGGGUGCCAUUAGUGUUGUUCCGUCUGGCACCCCUUUUCCCCCAGCCCUUCAGGCAGCCUAUGCCAGGGCAGACCAAGUCCUGAGCUCAGUUACUCUGCCAGAGUCUCAUACCAAACCGCAAGGAUUGACUCUUCCUUCUGCUCUGCCACCUUCUUUCAGCCUGUCAGUCCCCUCCACUGGCAUACCCCCAAUGGGGACUGUGGGCUCAAUAGGCACAGCUUCUUCCAGUCAGGUGCCAGCUCCAGUGGUGCCCACCCAUACACCUGGACCUGCCCCAAGCCCCAUCCCUGCUCUCACACAUAGCACUGCUCAGAGUGAUGCUAAUUCUUACAUAAACAGCAGUGCUAGCAAUAGCAUACCCCAGCUGCAACAGCUACCUGCUGCUCAACAGGUUCUUUGCUGCAAUGCCUGUGGGUGUCGGGGCAGUUGUGGAAGCAGUCAUGCCCCCAACUACUACUUCCCCACACAGAUUGCUCCAAGACAAGUCUUCAAUAUACCACCCAUCUUUCAGCUGACAUCACUGUGUAGCAGCAGCUACAUCAACCAGCUCACCCAGGCUACACAGAGCAAUGGUGCCUCCCAAGUGCCAUUCUACCCAGGUGCCCCAACUGCUUUUGCAGGGGGCACUCUACUGCACCCUCACAGCCACACACAUUCAGAUCAUGUGCUAAGUUCCCAGACGGCCAGCUUUGGACUACAACAGAUGACUGCAUUCAACCGCUUCUAUCAACCCAUUUACACUACAAUGGUGCAAGGAACUGGCAGUGGUCCAGCGAUGGGCCUUGGCGCUGUGAGUGGAGGAAUCAACAAGAAAAAUGGCAGUAUCUCUUGCUACAAUUGUGGUGGAGGUGGCCACUAUGCACAGGAUUGCAAACAGCCACCCAUUGAUGCUACACAACAAGGUGGCUUCCGGCUGAAGUAUGCACCCCAUUCUGAAGCACUAGAUAACAAUCCUGACUGAAAGUCACAAUCCUUAAAGCCUUGUUUUUUUGUUUUCACUCAAGUACCCCUGGGGUUAAUGCAGAGGUCUUUCCACUCAUGGCUGAAGUCUUGAUGUGGUGUAGUGUACUGUACAUACACAUUAUUUGUUCUUGAAAAACACUGAGGUCUUCAUGAACCCAAGUAUUUGUGCCUGUGGGGUCCUCACAUGGACAGAAUUGUGAGAAAGAUGACAACGUGAUUCUUCCAGAGUGAUAAUUCACUGAGGUAACUUGCACUGAGGACUGGCACAGGAGCAACAGCUCAUGUUUACUGAUCUAGGCUAGUUCUUGAAUUUAAGAUUGAAGAUUGUAGUGAAAGACCAUGGCUCUAUAGGCCAGGGUACAGUUCAAUUCUUUAAAGCAGUAAACGGGUAAACUCAUAGCAUCAAAGCAUAUCUCACUGUAACCCACUUUUAGUUAGGUGAGAAUAGGAUAGCUUUCAGAGGGGUCAUUUUGUAGUGGGGUGAACAGUGCUGCAAGGGCAGGAUGAUGAUAUUAAUCAAACUAUGUUUGUCAUCAAAUAGUUCUUUGUGUCAUGGAUAGAUUUGAUUUUAUUUUUAGGUUUGUGAAAGAAAAGCCAAUAUUGUAAAUUUUUCCCAUUAAGAAAUUACUUGUAUGCAAAUUUGGAACUCCCAGUGUGAAUAAUGAAGUAUAAUGGAUACCUGUAAUGAAACCGAUUUUAAAAAAUAUCUUGGAUGAUUUUCCCCAAAGACCCUUGGGUAUUUGUUUUAACUCAGGUUCACAUUAGUUCCUGCCAUAUGCGGUGUAGUUGGUGUUCUCUCAGUUAGUGGCUAAGUUAACAAGAUAUUGAAAUAUGCCAAAACUGAGUACAAAACUGUAAUGGUGGUUAAAUGUUUGACCCAGCUUUUACCCCAGUAAUCAAACUAUGUGUCACAUGAACAGUUUGGAAAAUGUUCUUUCAUAAUUGAAGUCUCCUUCUCAUUAUUAUUAUUAUUAAGCUGUUAAAUAUUUGCAGGAAGGGGAGCUACAGCAAGAUGGUUUUUCCCCUCUGCUGCAUUGUUUGAAUGUACAUGUUGGUUUUGUAAAUGGUAUGAAACAUUUUAGCAAUGGUAGUAUUAAAAUAACUAAUCUUUAGAGCAUUUUCCAGUUGAUAUAAUGUGAAAUGCAUAUAAGCAUCAUAUUUAUGUCCAAGUUAAAUUCUGCUGGGUUUUUUUGUUUUUUUUUUUGUUUUGUUUUUCAACUUUUGGUUGUAUUUUUAUGGUGAUGUGCACUAUACCAACCACAAAUCCUAAAGCCUUGACAUGAAAAAAAGUUAGGAACCACAUAACUGCAUCAGUAAAGCUCCUUUGUCCUACUGUACCAUUUUUGCUGUGAAUAUAAUUCAUAGCAUAGAGCUCCCACAAGGUGGUGCCAAUAAGAGCUGCGUUCUUCUAUGGGUGGGCAACUUCAGUCCUGGAAGGCAGAAUUCCAGCACAGUUCCACCCCCAUCCACGCUUGCUUCAGCUAUUUAAACAGUGCGAACAGUGCUGGAGUCUGUUAAAAUGGAUAAAAUGUCGUACCAUAUUGUCAUGUUAUCUGUGAAAAGUCAUUUCCUAAACAUGAAGAUAGAUAACCUGCUGUGUACCAUUUGAUUAUGCUAAGACAAAGUGGAAGAAGCUUCGCAACUGCCUUGCAUUCUGUAACUGCAGCCAUUCAGCCUGAUGUUUUUCAUAGUUUUUUUUUCCCUCCUACAAAUUUGUUGCAUGGAGGUGGAAUUAGCUUUAAAAAAAAAGCUAACCAUUCUGAAAACUUAAUUUACUGUCAGUCAAUUGUUCGUUUUAAUCCAACAUGCAGUAGUUUUGGUGGAGCACAUGUAAGAACUAAAGCAUACUCCCAACAGUGUGGCUCUAUGUUGUGCAGCAAUAAGGCCGUGUCUCAGUAUGGUCAAAUCCCCCCAACCACAUACACCACCACCACCACCAUCCUUUUCUGAACUGCUGAGGAAACCUGUUGCAACUAGUAACUUGGGGAAAAUGCACAGACUUCUUGAGAAAGAGGUAAUGGAAAAAAGUAAAAUGGGAAUGUUGUACAUAAACCUAAGAACCUGCCACUCAUACUUGUUAAACUUGCAGUUUGAAAAAUGCUGUGCUGUAUCAUAAGAUGGUACACUGUUACCUUCAGUUGUAUGUUUACUGUUACCUUUGAUACCUAAAUGUUAUGUAUUGAAAAAAUAAAAAAUCUUUCAAUAUUUGCAUAAACUUUGGGUUUUAUGCAAACUGUUCCCUGGAAUUUAACAGCAAUAAAUUUACAACCCCAGGUUGUUGCCCUGUUUGACUCAGAAAUGUAGUAUGGGGUCAUAUGAGUAUACCCUAGGUGGCAGAAAAGGGUGCAUAUGUUUCACAUAUACAUUUUGUAUGUGGUUUUUGGUGAUUGACAGAUUUAAUAAAGGCUUUUUAAUAAAGAAAAGGGACAUUUUGAAACAGUU